UGUACGCUACUACAUCACGACAUUCACCGCAUCCCUACAACGACCUGGGGGGGAGCCCGGCCAUGAGCGGAGUGUCCUGAAGUCACCGCUCAUAGGAGACGAAGGGGAAGCCACUAUAGUCACUUCUUCUUCUGGUGUGUGAUGCUCUCUAGUGGAUGAGAGCCCGUAGCCCUGCUCUCUAGUGGAUGAGAGCCCGUAGUCCUGCAAUCCGUUGGAGGAUGUCUGCGUCUGACUCUGAUUACUCAAUAGACUACCUGGCCAGUGACAGUGAGGAUAAUGACAACGACAGCGGCGUGGGACUGAGCCCCGACGGACACACAGUCAGGACGGCACCUUCAUCCUCCGUACCUCCACCCUCAUCAUCAUCAUUAAGGGACUCUCCCAGUAACACUGACUGUGGUUCUUCUAAGGACGGGAUCUCAAGGCUAAACAGGAAUUCCAACCACGAGGAACCCCAUAGGCUGAGCAGUGACACAGGAGAUUUCGGGGACUCUGGCCUCAGUAGGGACGGGGACAGUGAUAAUUCCAACGAUGCUGACCCUCGACUGAGCAGGGACAUAGAUUGUAGUUGUGGUGGCACCCCUCCUCCAGCCACCUACGAGGGGGGCCGCUGCCCCAGUGAGACCCAGGGAUGUAGUCCUACUGUGUACGGUCAGCAGCAGCAGAGACUGUCAUGGAGCCCGACGGCCUCCUCUCAAGCCUGGGAUAGAAACAGUAGACAGAGUGGCACUGGGAAGCCUGGGCAGGGCAGGAAGAGGGCACACAGCCAUGGACGGCAUCCCGGAGACCAAGGCUGUAGGAACAGAGACCCAACGGAACCUGGGGAGCCUGAGAAGGAUCAGCUGUUUGCCCAGAAGUGUAUGGAGCUCCAGCGUUACCUCCAUCCCCUGUCUUCCAUCCUGAGAGGCCUGUGCUCUGGGAGGUACUCAGAACGUCUUAGCCGUUUCCAGGAGAGCGUUGCUAUGGACCGGAUCCAGAGAAUAAUGGGAGUCCUCCAGAACCCAAACAUGAGUGAGCGCUACGUCAGUGUGAUCCUGAAGAUGGAAGCGAUGCUCCAUUGCUGGUUUCCUCAAGUCAGAGCCCGCCCAGACCCAGACCCAGGCCCAGACCCAGGCCCAGACCCAGACCCAGACCCAGACCAGCACAAUGACAGCCAGGAAGAGCACCACACUCCAGCUAAGAGACACAAGCAGUACCAGGCCCCAGCCCAGCCACCACCUCCAGCCUCUCCUCCCGUCGUCUCCCCCCCAGAGGGUGACCACCACCCAGCCCUGCGAGCCUCCGACGGACCCCUGCCCGGCUCCUUCCCCUACUCCUCUGCCACUCAUCUCAAACGUCUCCACACCGCCCCCAUCUGCUCCUCCAACACAGAGACAGAGACAGCCCAGCAAGAGCCACCGGGCCUGGGCAGGCCCUCCCUCGCCUGCUCCCUGGGAUCCAACCGUCCAGCCGACGACCAGGAACAGACCCAAGACGACGCGGUCUCCUCCAGCACUGACCCCCAGGGGAGCACUGUGGACCCCCACGUCCAGACCCACCCUUACAGAGUCAGACCCCGAGCCCACCGACGAGGGCCUCCGUCGGGGAAGAUCAGCUCGCCCUGCCUGGAGAGGCUGCUCCAGUCCAAGGAGAGCAUCAUCUCACCCAGAAACAUGGGAGGUCAGAGUCCGGGAGGUGGCGGGGAGAGCAUCAUCUCACCCAGAAACAUGGGAGGUCAGAGUCCGGGAGGUGGUGGGGAGAGCAGCCGUUCGUAACAGCUAGACUCAGACAUGGUCCAUGGAGGAGAUAAGGACUGAUCUGGGCACAGAGUUGACCCGGGACAGACAGAGCUGUAUCUUUCCACAACAGGCUCUCCAAUACAGCAGGGGGCAAAGGUCGGUGUCUGAGCGGGAUGCUGUCUCUUUAAGAGCUGUGUGUCAUGUGAUCCAUCAUGUGAUCCAACUACGGUUGGUUUAUCUGCAGUAAGACACUGAGACAUGGAGGAGAGGAGAUAUAUUAUAGACCUGCAGUAAGACACAGAGACAUGGAGGAGACAUAUUAUAGACCUGCAGUAAGACACAGAGA